AGACACGGCCCUUUUGAUUGGUUUUCAUUAGGGCGCGUUGUCUCCUGGGACCCGGAAGAAAUUGGUUUUCUCUCACCUAAAUGGCCUUAUGAGUCAUAGGCGUGAGCCACACUGUGCUGUGGUGUAAGAUGGCGGGGAAGAAGAACGUUUUGUCGUCUCUUGCAAUUUAUGCGGAAUAUUCAGACCCUGAAUCUGAUGGCGAAACUGGAGUCGACGCCGUGGGCAGUGCGGCUGAGGAGAAAGGUGGUUUGGUCUCUGACGCCUAUGGAGAAGACGACUUCUCUCGCCCGGGGGGUGAUGAGGACGGUUAUGAAGAAGAGGAGGACGAGAACAGUAAACAGUCGGAAGAUGACGAUUCAGAGACUGAAAAACCUGAGGCUGAUGACCCAAAGGAUAAUACGGAAGCAGAGAAGCGGGAUCCCCAGGAAUUAGUGGCCUCCUUUUCUGAAAGGGUCCGAAACAUGUCACCAGAUGAAAUCAAGAUCCCACCAGAACCGCCUGGCAGAUGUUCGAAUCACCUACAAGACAAGAUCCAGAAGCUCUAUGAGCGGAAGAUAAAGGAGGGGAUGGACAUGAACUACAUCAUCCAAAGGAAGAAGGAGUUCCGGAACCCCAGCAUCUACGAGAAACUGAUCCAGUUCUGUGCCAUUGAUGAGCUGGGCACCAACUACCCAAAGGAUAUGUUUGAUCCUCACGGCUGGUCUGAAGACUCGUACUAUGAGGCACUAGCCAAGGCCCAGAAGAUUGAAAUGGACAAGUUGGAAAAGGCCAAAAAGGAGCGAACCAAAAUUGAGUUUGUGACGGGCACCAAGAAAGGCACCACAAGCAAUGCCACGGCCACCACCACCAGCACUGCCAGCACGGCUGUCGCAGAUGCCCAGAAGAGGAAGAGCAAGUGGGACUCUGCCAUCCCCGUGACGACAAUAGCGCAGCCCACCAUCCUCACCACCACAGCCACCCUGCCAGCAGUGGUCACUGUCACCACCAGUGCCAGUGGCUCCAAGACCACCGUCAUCUCUGCUGUGGGCACCAUUGUGAAGAAGGCCAAGCAGUGACCAGAGGACACCCAGGACUUGGCAGGCCUGUGCAGCCCAGUAGCUUCUACCCACUGGGAGGAGCCACUCUGUGUUUAGGGCUGAGACUCCCACAUGCCUUCCAAGAAGAUCCUCUGGGACAUUCCAGCCGGAAGGACAUUCCAGCGGAGGCAGCGGUGUGCAUUGGACAGGGUCUAUCCACACACCUCUUGGGUUUCACCAAUUAAAAGUCCUGCUUCUUGGGUCCUGGCAUGUCAGGCGCACUGGCCUCUCCCACGCUGUGCUCAGGCAGACCCGAAGCUCAAGUACCCCUCCGUAACCGUCAAGAUGAGUCAAGCUCAGGAUGAACAACGGCUUGACAGGCCAUGGGAAUGCUCAGAGGGCAGCCCAGGAAGCGGCCAUGAUCAUUCUCAGUGUAUGCCCAGGGCGUGGGCAGGCAGCUGCUCAAGGAGGGGCCAGACACAUAUCCUUUCCUGUUGUCUAUUUUCCUACUUUCCUGAUCCUGAAACCAGGUCUCAACAGUUCUCAGGCAGUAGCAGAGCCGCUGCUCUCCUGGGUGCAGUUAAACACUCCCCACGCUGCUUCUGGUACACACCCAGGCUUUUGAAAUCAGGCCAGAUAACAGAGGGCUGGGAUGUGAUUCCCAACCUGCCCAGGGCAGGAGCAGAGUGUGGGCACCUGGCCAAGGCUGCCCCAGCCCCUCAGUGCCCAGUGAGUGUGGCCAGCAGGAUCCACGCAGUGGGGGAGAUGAAUCACCUCCUGCUCUGGCCAGGGCAGCAGCUCAUUGUUUAUGUGAAGGCUACGCUCUUGGGAAGGUCCCUGCCACCCCACCCUUCCUAUGCCGUUAUCUCUGCCCAGCAGCAGCCCCUGGGUAGCACCAGUGGCCACUCUUGGGGCCCAGAAUCACCAGCCCAGCGCCGGAUGGAGGGAAGGCUUCUUUCGUGCCCUCUGGCAGCUCUCCUCCCCACUCAGCGGAAGGGCUCAGUGUCAAAGGAGGAAGUGGGGCUGUGAAGGGUCCCCAUGCUUCUAUGGGACAAACAGACAAAGAGCCUCUGAGGUUAUGUUUGGUAUGUGUGUGAUCUGGGGACUCACAAGCUGCCCAUGAAAUCCCUAAUAUGAAAACCCAGUCACUAGUGUCUGGGUUUCUGACCUUGACUGCACUCGGUGUCCUGAGCACCCCUGGAAAGGUCUACCCUGCGGGAGGCUCAGGACAUAGUGAGGGCGUUGUGUGAGAGAGUGAAGCUCGAGCUUUGCAAAGCUGAAAGGAGAUCAGCUACAUCCCCACCAAGGAGUAGAUAGGGUCUCAUAGAGACUUUGAACAUCUGAUCCUCCUGCCUCUGCUUCCCAAGGGCUGGGAUUGCAGACAUGAAUCAUCACACUUAGUUUAUAUGGUGUGAGGCAUUGAAUCCAGGACUUCCUGCAUGCUAGGCAAACGCCAAGGGAGCCAGGUCCUCGAGUUAACCUAACCAGGGCAGUCCUUCACAGGCCUGCCCGUGAGCUGGGUAAUCCCACAGCUGUCCUGGAGGUUUGUCUGCUAAGAGUGAGCACCAACAUCUCAGACUGCUGCAUUGUUCAGCACCCCAGGUUGUGGUCACCUGACUUGGUUUGACACUGCUUGCCCCAGGUUCACUCUGUGACUGGAUUCCAGAGCCUUGCUUGAGUAAGGCCUAACACGUUGCCAGUGGUCCUUGCUGUGCCAAGCGAUCGGCAGGCCGCUGCUAGUUUGUGAUUUGCCCUUUUAUAUGUUAGGGUUGCGGAGUGUGCUGCUUGGGAUCAAACCCAGGCUUCCACUGAGCCAAUCCCAGGUUCCAGGCCCUUCUGAAGAGGAGAGGUAUUGCCCCGUGUUGCCCAGACUGGCCUCAAAUGAGUCUCCUGCCCCUGCCUACCAAGUUCACAGUCUCCUUCCUCUUCUGGAGCUCAGGCUGAGAGAUUGAUUGCAACAACAGCCCACGUUUAGUGUGUGUCCCCCAGUUAACCUAACCAGCGCAGUCCUUCACAGGCAUGCCCGGGAGCUGGGUGAUCUCAGCUGGGGUUCUAGGUGUACCUCCACCUAGUUUGUUAGCUUGAGGGGAGGUGAUAAGGGGUCAAGUCAGAAUUUCUCUCUGUAAUGGCCCUGGUUGUCCUGGAACUCACUGUGUAGACCAGGCUAGCCUUGAACUAACAAGAGAUCCUCCUGAGUCUCCUCCCAAGUGCUGGGAUUAAAGUUGUGCAUCACCAGGCCUGACUUUGGUUUUGAUUUUUUUCUGAGUUGGAGUUUUGGGACCAUGAGGUGGCCUCGUAGAUAAAGCGCUUGCUGCACAAGCACAGGGAUCCCCACACCCACACUAGACGUGUGCUGGGGACAGAAAACCCUUUCUGGAAAAAUGAAGGUUGGAAGCAAUGGAGGACGACAUCCCAGCAUCAAGCUCCACCUGUGCACACACACAAAGGCGUGUGCGCCUCCAUGCACAUGGAUGCCCGCAUGCACACGGAUGCCUGCACACAGCCAGGACUUACAGGUGUGUGCUAUUAUUUAUACCCAGCUCUCAUCGUGUAGAUUGUGGGUGGGGCUGGAGUAAUCUUCAGGAGAAAGUGGAAAAGCCAGGUGCGGAACAGGGUGGGCUGUGUGUAAGGAAGGGAGAAAUUUCAAGACAGUGGCACAGUAGAGAGCACACACUGCUCUCCAGGACCCUGGAUUGGUUCUCAGCGCCCACCCCUGGUGUCAAUUCCCAGAGGAAAAUAAAGGGAAAGAGAAAACCCAGGUAGCUCCCUGGUGUUAAUCAGAAGGUUGGAUAUUUCUGAUAUUUAGGACAUCACACUCCAGUAACAAUGCACCCAGAUCUUGAGUGCACACCACGAACAACAGGCUCCGUGGAGAAAGGCUGAUUUCAGAAUCCAAGUGGAGUCAGAGAAGCUUGUUCCAGAAAACAAGGAAGACUCCUGAGCCUAGGAGCCAUCUUGAGUGGUUUUGUCCUUGGCUUGGGUUUUUGAGCCCAAGUCUUGCUGUGUAGCUCAGGCUGGCAUAGAACUCAUCAUUCCAAUCUGACUCCAGUCUACAGCUGUUCUCAUCCAGCUUCUGAAGCCAAGGAUACAGGCACAUGGGACCUACCAAAGCCUAGGAUACAGGCAUGUGGGAGCCACCAUGCUGGACUCAAAGAUAUUAGAAUGAGGUGAAGGUUGAGACAGUGUCAAAGAGCUGUUUGGAAGAGAUUUCUCCACUUGCCUCAUUUCAUAAAAUGUAACAGUGGGCUGGGUAUGAUAGUGCAGUUCUUUGACCCCAGCCACUCAAGACAAAACAAAAACAAACAAAAAAAGAAACCGCAGUGAAUUGUAAACUGUAGAGUAAAUUAAAAAUCUAUUCAUAUUCUCA